UUACUAUGGUCUGUCACACUCAUUUCUCUUAAAUCUCCUGUGUUGCCCUGCACCCAAAUGAAAAUAUCCUGAGUUACGACAGCACAGUAGUGAUAACCUGCCACCAACUUGUACUGGGCUCCAUAAAAACAAACAAACCCUCCUCUAUAUUGACUAUAGCAGAAUCUAAAGAGGUCCAUUGUGUGUCAGCCCUCUGACAGGAAACAUGAGUUGUUUUUAUCCAAGCUUACAAUCAUUAUAUCUUGAUUUAUAUUAUCUAGCAAUUUGGACACUAAUCAACAGCCAUGACAAUAUCUCAAAAAUAAUGCAAUAAGCAGAUAUGUAUUGUUCAGACCAAUGCCCAAUAUCACAAACCUGUAAACUAGGGCUGCACAAUUAAUCAAAAUAUAAUCGAAAUCACAAUAUCGCCAAGUGCCAUAUCCAAAUUGCAGGAGCUGCAAAACAAAAUAUGGACAUUUGUUAGACUAUUUGUGAUGUGCAAAAGCUUUGUUUCUAGAAGUGUAUAAUUCAGGACAUGUUACAAAUUGUUCACUCUACAGUGAUAUAUAUAUGGUAAAUGUUUGUGAAGAUUCCAUAGUUUCCAAAUACACACGAUAACUCAGGAUGAAGUUUGGGGAAUUCUUGAAUUAUGCAGCUGUGAAAUAACAUGAAGUUGCAUUUCUGAAUAUUUCACUCAGUGUAAACCUCAUAUAUUUACAUAUAAGUAGAGCUGGAAUACCUGAUAAGGUGUGCUGUAAGACUUUCUUUAAACAUGCUCAAAUUGAAGGAGCAGUAAGCAGCGUGGUUCCGGGUGGCAUUCGUCUGUUCUCGCGAUAUCCUACAUGCCCCACUUUCUUCUCGUCCAGCAUGGCCGCGCUGUAUGAGGGUUACACGUUGUGCGGACUUGUUCCAGCACAAAAUCUGUCAAAUUCAGGCAUUCAGGGCAUCGAACAGGAGAGAGACAGUGAUCAUGUCAUCGUCACGGACUCAACUAGAUCCGUUACACUGUACAAGGUGUCAGACCAGAAGCCGCUGGGCAGCUGGACUGUCAAACAAGGUCAGAGUCUGACCUGUGCAGCAGUCUUCAACCCACAAACCAAGGAAUAUGUGGUCAUCUCAGACAACAAGGUGAUCAGAAUUUGGAAGGAAGAAGACCUACUAUUAGAUAAGGCCUUCAAAGCAACUGUGUUAUCAGAUAUCUGGAGGGUCCAGUGUGUACAUGGAGGGGAGCCUGUGGUCUUGUUCCAGAGAGGAGCUGUGAGAUUGCUGGACUCUCUGCUUUCUGCUCCCCAGCAGCCCAUAGAGGAAGUCCUGGCUGCAGAAGAGGCCAUCAGGUGGAGUACAAACAUAGUGGCAGAGGCACAACAGUUUGUCAUCUUCACAACUGAACAGAAAGGAGAUCAUUUCAUCUACCUGCAGAGACUGAACCCUAACACCCUACAGCGGUACCGGCUGGAGAGAGAAGAGCCUGGUCUCGCCCCGCUCAGCUUCUCUGUCUCCUACAGGGAUAAACACAUCCGCCUGCUUUAUCUCUACCCAAACGGUCAUGUGUACCAGAGUGUAGUCUCUGUGCGGGGUCUGGGGACCGAAGAGGGGACUCAGGCCCUUCCGCUUCCCCGUAGCCUGAUGCUGGCUCUUCCUGUCGGCGACGGCCUUCUGGAGACAGCAUCAGCCCUGGUCCUGGAUGAAGCCCAUGUAGCUGUUGUGGGAGUUCCACAUCCCUCUGCUGGAGCUGGUAAAGACUUUCUCUGCAUCUGGAAUACCAAUUUCCAGACGCUUCAGGCAGGAAAAGAGAUGGCGGGUAAAAUCUAUGGGCAGCUAUGGUGUUAUUCCAACAAGUUAUUCAUUCCACAUGGGAAAGCCCUCUCUGUUAUACCAUUUGUUUGCCCUAAAUCUUCCCUGGCCUCGGCACUGGGGAAACUAAGGCAGGCCAAGACUGAAGAGUCCAAAUCUCCAGCUUGUGUACCAUCUUGGAAUAACAUUCUGCACGGAGAGAAAGCUCAGCCCUCAAGAACUGUGGAGACCAGGAAGACGAGAACAAACCGUAAGACCCAAUCAACACCUUGUUUAACAACUGACCAAGUUCUGGCGCUCAUCAAGACAGCACCAGUAGAAGAUGUCCAAAAAGAAGUGGAGGGGCUUCUUUCCCGAUCAGACAUCCAGGACUUACAACCCUCUGUGGGACAGCUGGUAUCAAUCCUUGUGUCCCGGAGCCUGGCUGAUCCAGCCUUCUACACCCCGAGCACCCUGGCACAACUCGUGAACACUCAGUGCCUCUGCCACAGUGCGUGUCCUGACCUCGUGCUGUUGGCCCUGGAGAGGAAGGAUUACUUUCUGUGUCAACUCUGCUUGCAGUUCUUCCCUGACAUCCCUGAGGCUGUCACCUGUGCCUGUCUUAAGGCCUUCAUCAGUAUGCCAGACGUCGAUGCAGAGAAAGCGAGCCUGGAGCCCGACAGCGUCUCCUUCAUGGAAACCCUAAUCUCCAGGGAACGUGGCCCGGUUGGCUUGCAGAAUGGUUUUAGCCCCACCUCCUUUGACGAGGACCGCUCAGACGCCCUCAGUGGAGGCGGUGCCGUCAUAAAGGCCAGAGCGGAAAACAGGGAGAACACCUCAACUCCAUCAGAACAGAUCUGUCCAGUGGGCUUACACAAGGCGGUUCUUCUAAAUGAGGUCCUGCAGACGGCGUACAGCGACACUUUCCUCCUCCCACACCUAAAGGAUCUCUCCUCCCAGCAUGUUGUUCUUUUCCUCCAGUACCUGCAGUUCCUCUACCUAAAAUAUUCCCAAGAUGCUUUCCCACAGAAGCAUGGAUUGAGAUCACCAAGUCUGACUCAGAUCAUGGAUUGGGUGUGCUUGGUGUUGGACGCCCAUUUCACAGUGCUAGUGAUGACUCCGGACGCCAAAGGCUUACUGCUGAACCUCCACAGCUUUGUUAAGUCUCAGGUGAGGCUGGUUUCUGAGCUUGGAAAGAUCGAGGGCAGCCUCCAAGAGCUCAAUAAGAUGAAAGUGAAGAAGGACAUCGGACAGUACUCCAUUGAAGUCAUUGAGCUGUUUUAGAAUGUGUACAGAAUACUUUUAAUAAACCUUUGAGCAUAUUGUCUCCUCCCAGCGUUUCACCUGAAUUGGUUUCAAGGUUGUUUACAUGUCUCGACUGGUAUUAUAAGUGCUUUUUGGCACAGAUGGAAGCCAUCAGAACUCAAGUUGCAUGAGUUUUACUGUUGGACGUUGAAUUGACUUGCUGAUGCUUUUGAACCGUUUUAAACUUGUUUAAGCUGAUGGAAAUUUUGCCAUUCAGAUAACAUGAAUUGCAUGAUUAAUUUAGACUGCUUAUAUGUCAACCUGGUUAAUAAUGGGUUUGUAAAAUACAUGUAAAAGCAACCUAAUAGAGCAGUGUGUUUAUGGUUUUUAACAUUCAUAAUGAGACUCAGCCUUUGAACACUUAACUGUGAGUGAAUGACUGUAUUUCGUAUUUGUCCUACAGCUGAAUAUUUGUAAGUCUGUCAGCUCUGACUGUACUGGAUUUUCCACAGGAAAGUCUUUUUGUUUAAUACAGUUAUAUAACAAUGGAAACUGUUGAUCUGUGUGUGAAUUUUAUUUUUAUUAAAAAGAUCAAUAUCAAAUAGAA